AUGGACGCCGCCAUUUUUCUGUAUUCUCGCGUCAGUCGCAUUCCAGACGACACGCGCAUCGUUCCGUGCCUUGAUAUGCUCGAAGAUACCGAGCGCAUUAAUCUCGUCGCGGAGCUCACGGACGGCACAAUUGUUCGCGGUCAAAACGAAAUUUCGCAUCCGUCCAUCGACAGCAAGAAGUUCACAAAGGAUAUCGUCGCGUCGAGCAAGAGUCCGGACGUGAUGCGGAAGGCUUUCUGGACGGCGGUGUUAGAAUCAGGAGAAUUCCCGGAGUCCGAUCCUCACGAGGUGUGGGGUGGUUUGCCGAAGAGCUCUGGCGGGUACAAGAGCGUGCGCACGGCGCUCGCGAGCGGCUCGCUCAUCGACGCGGCUGAACUGCUCAAAUCUCGUUUUGACGACAUCGCCGACACUCCUCUGAGCGUUUGGGACGUUGAUAAAGUGGUCACGGCGUUCGAUCCGCUUCCCUCACCGGUAAAGCGCGUGUUCUACGCGUCGAGCUUGGAUCCAGCUGCAAAGAACAUUGAGGUUCAGCCCAAGCCGAACCGGACCGUUCUCAACGACAUCGCAGACUGCGACGCCGUAAUCUACGGCAUGGGAUCGCUCUACACCUCCAUCAUCCCGAACGUAUGCCUGAGAGGCAUGUCCGAAGCCAUCGCGAAAUCUGAGUGCAAGAAGGUGAUCAUGCUCAACGGCAGUCUCGAUCGAGAGACGGGGCGGAUGAAGGCGAGCGAAAUCGUCCAAGCUCUCGUGGACGCGGUGAACAUGCGCUACACCGCGCACGAGACAUCGUAUGCCGUGCGCGACAUCGUCACCGACGUCAUGUACCCGCAAAACGGCGGCAUCGUCGUUGACGUAGACGUACUCGCGUCCAUGGGUGUUCAAGCGCACGAGUGCGAAUCCGUCCCGGCGCCGUCCAGCGCCGCUUCGCCCGCGGCGCACUACGAUUCCGUCGCUUUCGUCACCCGACUCGCCCGCUUCCUCCGUCGCGAGGGCGUCGCGCGAUGA